ACAUUAAAAUUAAAUACACAGAAAGCAGAGGAAGUCAUCAACAUUCAACCACAUGCACACGCCAAUGACUGUUUCUUCUUCUUAUAUUUUAUUUAAUCUCCCUUUGAUUCGCUUCAGAUCUCUGUCCCUUCUCUCUUCUUCCCGUCUUCCUCUGUCAUCGCUCCGAUCCAUUUCACCGAGAAAGUUUCGAGCUUUCUCCGCAAUGACGACGACAGAUGCUGGAAUGGAUGCUGUUCAGAAACGCCUCAUGUUCGAGGACGAAUGCAUUCUUGUUGACGAAACUGAUCGUGUUGUUGGGUUUGACACCAAAUAUAACUGUCAUCUGAUGGAAAAUAUAGAAGCUAAGAAUUUGCUUCACAGGGCUUUUAGUGUGUUUUUAUUCAAUUCCAACUAUGAGCUGCUUCUCCAGCAAAGGUCGAAAGCAAAGGUGACCUUCCCCCACGUGUGGACCAACACUUGUUGCAGCCAUCCUCUUCACCGUGACUCUGAGCUUAUCGAGGAAAAUGCACUCGGAGUGAGGAAUGCUGCACAGAGAAAGCUCCUUGACGAGCUCGGUAUCGUAGCUGAAGAUGUACCAGUCGAUGAGUUCACUCCUUUAGGACGUAUGCUUUACAAGGCUCCUUCUGAUGGCAAAUGGGGAGAGCACGAACUGGACUACUUGCUGUUCAUCGUGCGGGAUGUUAAGGUCCAACCAAACCCGGACGAAGUAGCGGAGAUAAGGUAUGUGAGCAGGGAAGAGCUGAAGGAGCUGGUGAAGAGAGCAGAUGCAGGUGAGGAAGGUUUGAAGCUGUCUCCAUGGUUCAGAUUGGUGGUGGACAAUUUCUUGAUGAAGUGGUGGGAUCAUGUCGAGAAAGGGACUCUAGAUGAAGCUAUAGACAUGAAGACCAUCCACAAACUCUGAAACCCUUCCUUUUAAGUACAAUCUUUCUCUUGUUUUGUUUGGUUUCUUUCUCCCUUUUGAUGUUUGUGAUGAUAAUAAUUGAAACAUUGUAUUUGGAUAUUCCAAGAGAAUCAAUCAAGCAAUAAAGUUUCAUUUCCUA